AAAAAUGUCAUUCAAUAACAAAAUGUUUGCCUUAAUUAUCACGACAUAUGUCUUAAAUCUUUUGGUCAGUUAUUCAUCGACAUCGACGGUCACUAACGAUGUCGACAAACACUAUUUAAAACACAAUCAACUGAUUGAUUAUAUGAAUGAAUUGCACCAAAAGUAUCCAAAUUUAGUGCAAUUGUCAUCCAUUGGGAAGAGUGUCCAACACAGAGAUCUAAUGACAAUCAAAGUGACAAACAAUGUAUCACAAGUUCGGCCACUUUUGAAGCCGAUGUUCAAAUACGUGGCCAAUAUUCACGGUAAUGAAGCACUCGGUCGACACUUGAUGUUAGUUUUGGCAAAAUAUUUGUGCGAAAACUAUGGAUCAGAUAAGAGAGUGACGAAAAUUUUAGACACAACUGAAGUGCAUCUCUUGCCGUCAGUAAAUCCCGACGGCUUCGAGUCGGCCAAAGAGGGCGACUGUUACGGUGCGACCCGACAGUCAGGUCGACAAAAUGCCAAUAAUGUUGAUCUUAAUCGUGAUUUUCCCGAUCAGUUUAUGAAACCUGAAGCUGUCGGCCAACGACAACCGGAAACUUUGGCCACAAUGACAUGGAUUGUGUCCAAUCCUUUUGUAUUGUCUGCCAAUCUUCACGGCGGAUCAGUAGUGGCCAGUUAUCCGUACGACGAUUCGCGCUCACACGCUAUCAGUGGUCACAAAAGUCCGACUCCUGAUAAUACAUUGUUUGAACACUUGGCGAUCACUUAUUCACAGAAACACAAGACUAUGAAGAAUGGAAGCGUUUGUUUGGACGAUAGCUUUACUAAUGGCAUCACAAACGGCGCCGAAUGGUAUGAUGUGUCCGGAGGAAUGCAAGACUUCAAUUAUGUCCACAGCAACUGUUUUGAGAUUACUCUUGAGUUGUCGUGUUGUAAAUACCCUCACGAGUCGGAACUGCCAAACGAAUGGCUUAAUAACAAAGAAUCUCUUCUUACUUAUAUUGAAAAGACUCAAAUGGGAGUUAAAGGCAUUAUCAGAGAUUCCUUGACCGAUAAACCACUUGAAGGAGCCGUUAUUAAUAUUGCCGGUAUUGACCAUAAUGUUAGCACAACUAAUAGAGGGGAAUAUUGGCGUCUGGCUAUGCCCGGUGUCUAUAUUAUAACUGCCAGUGCGACCGGUUAUGAACCAAUGAUCAAAAAAGAUGUCGUCAUUAAAGAUAGCUCAGGAACUAAUGCCGUUGUUGUAGAUUUUAAACUGAAUCCAAUCGGUGGCAUCCGAUAUCCGAGCGAAAAUACACCCGAAAGUGAAGCCGAAGUUAGUGUCGAUAAUCAUAGAAAAUUAGACCAAAGUUCAACUACAAGUGUCCCUACUUUAGAGGGCCAGCAUAKGGAUUAUGGCUUUGUUUCGGGUCAUAACUUAACCGAAACAAAUGAUUUCCUAACAAAAACUGAUUACAAACACCAUAAUUAUACUGAACUUAAAGAAUAUCUUCAAAAACUGAACGCUAAAUAUCCUCAAAUGACUAGACUUUACUCAAUCGGCAAAUCUAUUGAUGAUAGAGAUUUGUAUGUUCUUGAGAUUAGUGUCAAACCUGGAGUACACAGACCAGGUGUACCCGAAUUUAAAUACGUGGCUAAUAUGCACGGGAAUGAAGUAAUUGGUCGCGAAUUAGUACUUUUAUUUGCCAAAUAUUUGCUCGAAAACUAUGGAUCCGACGAUAAAAUCACUAAUUUAGUUAAUACGACAAGAAUUCAUUUGAUGCCAACCAUGAAUCCCGACGGAUACGAGCGGUCAUUGUUGGGCGACUGUAGUUCAGAAUAUGGCAGAGGAAACGCUCAUAGAGUUGAUCUUAACCGCAAUUUUCCGGAUCAAUAUAUGACAUUCAAAGAGAAUAGAGUUCAAGAAAAGGAGACAUUAGCUGUCAUGAAAUGGAUCCAAUCGUUACCAUUUGUUUUAUCAGCCAAUCUUCAUGGCGGCUCUUUGGUUGCCAAUUAUCCCUACGAUGGAAAUGUUGAACAAAGAGAUGGCAUAUAUAGUAAAACUCCUGAUGACGUACUCUUCAGACAUUUAGCAUUAGUUUAUUCUUUGAAUCACGCGACAAUGCAUUUGGGAAAGUCGUGUCCAAAAGAUUGCGGUAUUAUGAACGAGAACUUUACGUAUGGCAUCACCAACGGUGCCAAAUGGUAUGCACUGUACGGAGGAAUGCAAGACUGGAAUUACUUGCACUCAAAUUGUUUUGAGAUUACACUUGAAUUGGGUUGUCGUAAAUAUCCGUACGAAUCGGAUAUUAAAAUGUUUUGGAAUCAAAACAAGAAACCGUUGGUCACAUUCAUGGAAGAGGUUCAUAAAGGUGUCAAAGGAUUUGUUGUCGACACCGAUGGAAAACCAGUACCCAAUGCAACCAUUCGUGUAGAAGGCAUAGCACAUGACGUUCAAUCAGCUACUGAUGGAGACUAUUGGAGACUUCUUUUGCCGGGUUUUUAUCAGAUCAAUGCUUUCAAGAAGGGUUUCGGUUCACAAACUCAGAAGAUUCGUGUGACCAAUGGUUUGGCCACACAAAUCAAUUUUACGAUAGAAUCCGGUUACGAUGAUUGGUCACAAAAGUAUGAUUACAACAUUGAACCAAAUUUGAUGGCCGAUAAAUAUUUGAAUAACAAACAAUUGCACGAAACACUGGAAGCGCUGGCCAACGAUAAUUCAGAUAUUGUUAAAAUAUUUUCAAAUACGUCGCCAUCGAAACAAAAAGCACUUCAAUUUAUAAUUAUUUCUGACUUUAAAACUACGGAAUCCAUUAAUAUUAAACCAAAUAUUGCUUUAAUCGGAGGUUUACGCGGUGACCAACCGGUUGGUAGAGAAUUAUUGAUAAGAUUUGCGAGACAUCUCAUCGAAGGCUUUAAACGUCGCGAUCCAAGAGUAGUCCAUCUCUUGCAAACACUUAAUAUUCAUAUAAUGCCUUCAGUUGAUGAUAAAGGUUUUGCACAAUCAAUGGCCGGACAAUGCAAUCGCUCGAUGGACUCCGUUCUUGAUUUAGAAGACAAAUUUUCUGAAGAUUACAACAAUAAGUUUGAUCCAAUCGAAGCACUCAAGAAAAACUUUAUGAUCUAUAAAUAUGUCAGUGGAUUAAGCAUUGAGUCAUUUGAUCUAAAGAUUCAGUUGCCUCUAAUGGUUAAUCCCAAAGAACUGGAUGACAAAUCGUUAUCAUCUGUUGGUUAUAAAAGACUAUAUAGUGCUUACUUUGAUAAUAAUCCUGAAUUAGCUAACGGUUCCACUUGUGAUGCAUCAUAUAAAACGAAAACUUAUAAAAAGUUGUCACACAUUCACACAAAAGGCCAAUCAAUAUUAGACUAUGCUUUCAAUGAAUAUAAAACUUUAAUGAUAUCGGCAUCUAUUGAUUGCUGUUCGUAUCCAUUUCCAUAUAACAUACCUAUGCUUUGGAAAUAUAAUUUAGAAUCAAUUAUGAGUUUUCUCGAAACUAGUAUUACUGGUAUAACGGGUUAUAUAUUGGACUCUUUAAAUGGUGUCCCCAAAGGAUUAUCGGUAUAUAUGGAUGGCUUUGAUGAGGUCAUUGAAAUUGAUCCAAAAACUGGUCGUUUUAAUUUGGUUUUAAAGCCAGGCGUUUAUAGAUUGCACAUCUCAGCUCCCGCUUAUGAAAACAAGACGUUAAACAUUACGGUUGUUGCCAAAGAAAAUAGAAAAGUUAAUGUAAUUCUUGAUUCAAUUGGUUUAUCAUUGAGAUAUCAUAAUUAUGAUGCAAUGGCUACAGUUAUGGCCAAUUUGACCCAACAAUAUCCAGAUAUCACAUCAGUGUAUAGCAUUGGGCAAUCCGUUGAAAAACGAAAAUUAUUGGUUUUUAAGAUUGGCAUUAAAAAUAAAAUAAGAGGCGAUGAAACAGCAAUCAUUAGAUUUAUUGGGGGUCUCAACGGCAAUGAGAGGGCCACCACUGAAAUACUUAUUCAAUUAAUUGAAUAUCUUCUAAGCCAUUAUAAGAAGGAUUCGUAUAUAACUCAAUUGAUUGACAGGGCUAACAUUCAUAUACUACCGAUGGCCAACCCGGACGGCGCAGAAUUAGCACAAAUAGRUCGCUGUGACGGUACUAAAGGUCUUACCAAUGCUAAGGACAUUGAUUUGGAUCAAUCGUUUUAUACGGAUGUCUUAGUGCCGCCCGAAACGCAAGCUAUCAAAAAUUGGACGAAAAGCGAAAACUUUUUGAUUUCACUAAAUUUAAGAACUGGUGGUAAUGUUAUUACUUAUCCAUUCAGUUCAACAGAUUUUGAUAAAAAUCGGAGACCACUUUCCGAGUUAGAUAAACAGUCAUUUGAACACUUGGCUAUGGUUUAUGCCAACGCACACAAGGAUAUGCAUUUGGGAAUCGCCCGGUGCGGUCAUAACAAUAGAAAUCGUCUUAUUAAAAAUGGUUUUACCACUGGAUCUAUUUGGCAUCCGACUAAUGGGACACUACUUGAUUAUGGAUAUAAUGUGUCUAACAUUUAUGAACUUUACAUAUAUAUUGGCUGCUGUGCGAGUCCUCCAGAAUCUCAAUUAAGUGAUUUAUGGCGAAAUCAUAAGAAACCAUUGAUUGAAUUGUUAGGCAAUAUAAACGAUGGCAUUCAUGGCCGAGUGGUCGAUGAAAACGGACUGGGAAUCAGUCACGCGAAUAUUCAUAUUGAAAAUAUAGCCCACAAAGUGUAUACUACUGACAGCGAUGGUCAUUAUAGGAUACCACUGUUUGAUGGUAAAUAUGUGCUCAAUAUUGAUGCCGACGGCUAUUGGCCGUCAACUAAAAUGGUGACCAUAAGCACCGAUAGAGACAACUUGUUUGUCAUCGAUAUGAUGAGCGACACUAGAAUUGCUGGCAUUCCUCGAUCAGUGUUUGUUAUUAUAUGCGGUUCAGCUAUGCUAACGGUGCUCGUCGUGUCGUUGUGUGUCUACAAUAUUUUAAUGCAACAAAAAUAUAAAAAGAAAGGUUUCCAAAGGAUAGGCACCGAUGGUCUACACAUCUUCGAUGAUGACGAUGACGACGAAGAAGAAUUGGAGGAAAAAGCUUCUAAUGAUAAACCAUAUAUUGAUGUCAAGCAAUACAAAGACGUGCCCUCCAGUUCCGAGGAUGAGUUAUAUAAUGUUCAUCAAUGGGGCAAAAAUCAAUUAUAGAUUAAUUUGUUACAUAAAUUUAGUUUUCAAUUUAGUAUUUUAUUAUUUUGUCAAUCUGUCGACUCUAGUCUUCCAUUUCAAACCAGUUUUAUAAACUAAAAAUUAAAAAAAAAUGAUUUUAACUCUACUAUAAACUAUAUUUAUUAAUCUUUUUAUUCUGUAAAUCAUUUUUUUGUUGAUGUUUUAUUUGCAUAAUUAUGUUUUAGUUAAUUAUACAAUUUUAAGAUUUUUUUUAAUUUAUCAAAAUUAUGUUAGCACGGUAAUUUUUUGCUUAAAUUUGUAUAUUUUAAGAGUAAUUAUUAUUAAUUGUACAGUAUCAAUUAUUGAUAAUAAUUGUGUUUUGAGUAAUACAUUCAUUUAAAUUCAAUUGUUAUUUUAAGUAAACAAUAUGAUUAAGUUUGUUGAAUAUAACUUAAUAUAAAAUUUAAUAAUUAUUUCAAUUGAAAAAAUACUUACAUACGGUAUAUUACCGUAGUAAUUUAUGAACUGGGUAAAUGGUUAAAAAUUAAAUGUAUAUUUUGUUUUUAUUAUCAUGUGAUAAAUAUUUUAACGAUAAUUGUAUUUUGUAUUUAUCAAUAUUUUUUUAUAAUUUUUUAGU